GCUUGGGCAAGGCAAAAGGUGAACAUUCGCAGAAUCGUUCUUUCUCUUUGAGCCGCUUGUGGUGAAAGGUGCGUUACGUACGUUCGUGCGCUCGGUGAAUUCCGGAGAACAAGUUGAAGUAAAAGAAAAGCGUGUGUUGAAGCCUUGAACGAGAAAGUGCUUGUCGCGCGUUCGUUUUUGAUAGAAGUAAAUCCAGUGCUGUUCUGUCGUGUGUUUUAAGCGAGAGUGUCGUAGCGAUAGUUUCUGCCAAAGCCACGCGCUUCCCCCGUAAAAUCUCCGACAAUGGCAGACGCACAGGAAACGGAAGUGGUGAACGGAACAACCGCCCAAGAGAAUCAAGAAAACAGUAACAAUCAGCCUCAACUUACCGAGCAAGCUACUGGCAAUGGCAAUGCCGAAGCGGCCAACGCUAACGGCAACACGGAAAACCACACCGUUCGCGAUGACGACAGAAAAUUAUUCGUUGGUGGACUAAGUUGGGAAACAUCAGACAAGGAACUCAAGGAACACUUCAGCCAGUACGGUGAUAUCGAGAGCAUCAAUGUGAAGACGGAUCCGAACACUGGCCGUUCGCGCGGUUUUGCCUUUAUCGUGUACAAAAGCGCGGACUCGAUCGACAAGGUCGUGUCGGCGGGUGAUCAUGUCAUCAACAACAAGAAGGUUGACCCCAAGAAGGCGAAGGCACGGUACGGCAAAAUAUUCGUCGGUGGGCUGACGUCGGAAAUCAGCGACGAGGAGAUCAAAACCUUCUUCGGCCAGUUCGGAAACAUCGUCGAGGUAGAAAUGCCAUUCGAUAAGCAGAAGAACCAGCGAAAGGGAUUCUGCUUCAUUACGUUCGACUCCGAGCAGGUGGUGAACGAGCUGCUGAAGACACCGAAGCAAACCAUUUCUGGCAAGGAGGUCGACGUGAAGAAAGCGACCCCGAAGCCGGAUAACAUGGGACCGAUGGGACCGAUGGGUGGUCGCGGUGGCAUGCGUGGUCCGCCGCCGCGUGGCAUGCGUGGUGGACGCGGUGGUCCCGGUGGACCUAAAGGCGGAUACGGACAAGGAUGGGGCGGACAAGGAUACGGCGGAUACGGCUACGGGCAAGGAUACGGCGGUGGUUAUGGUGAUUAUGGUUAUGAUUACUUAACCAGAUGGUAUGGAGGCUACAAUAACGGUGGUUACGAUUUGUCCGGCGGCUAUUACAAUGACUAUGGUUAUGGAGGAUACGAUGGUGGUUACAUGAACGGAGGCCGUCCAGGUGGUCCGCGAGGUGGGGGCAAAGGUGGCGCUGGCACGUAUGGAGGCGGAAAGCAGAGAGGCAAUGGUGGUGGAGGUCGCCAACAGCGUCAUACACCAUAUUAAGCAGAUCAAUUUCAAUACAAACACACACACAUACCUACAAAGAACGAUCGUGAGAGCGAAAUUGCCCGGAAUUACAAGCAUCGUGUUUUAAAUCGUACAAAGCAGCAGCAGCAGCAGCAAGGAGAAGCAAAAACAAACACACAUGCACCCAUACUAUCACUCUCAACGAUUACGAGACGCGUAUUUCGUCCAAAUGCCCUCCUCUCCACACACUACUCUCCCUCCAAACCCCCGUCUCUCCUUCCCCGAUACUCCCACAUAAAAUCCAUUACGUUUUAGUUUUACUUUAACAUACAUUUUUCGUUUACGUCAGAUAAAGAGAAACGGAAAGAGAGAAAGAGAGAGAGAGAGGGAACGAUAAAUCAGCGCAUGAUAAGAAAAAGGAUACGCAUCAAAAAGGAUACAAAAAGAUGCAUUAUAUUUAUAAGGUAUGCGCGCGCGAAGGAGAUCACCACUAUGUUGGUGGCCUGUGUACAGUGAAUUCGAUUUCCAUGUGUGUUAGUAGGCCGAGGUAUAAUAGAUAGGGGCUGAGCCAAUGAGACAAACAGACAGACAAAAAAAAACACCAUCGCAGGUAUACAGUUUUGCACACAUCCACAAACAAAUUAAAAAACAUACACACAUUAAGCAAAAACCGUACACGUCAACAAUCGUGUACUUUACUAUAAAAUUCGGUUUUACUAAACAAAUUCAUAUUUUGCUAAGCUUUUUUUUUAAUAAUCGUUUAAGAAAACACUUAACGACUUAGGUUUCUUAAUUUCUCUUGUUAGUUAGACACACAUAUGCGCGCUCACACUUUCUAAAGCAGCGAAGUGUUUGCAUGAAAAAAAAACACACACACAUACAGAAGUUAUAAAAAGGGAAAGGUAUUGUUUUUGUGGUAAGAAAAGCGUUUAUAAUAGUUUCAGGUGUGUAAAUGCGUGUUUGCUUUCGAAUUUAUACUAAAGAAUUGACUAAGUCUCUCCCUACCCCCAUAAUGUGCAGACUUUGAAGAUGUUGUGUUUUAUUAUGUGAAAAGUCAAUAGUAUGUGUGUGUGUUAUUUUUACUCUCAGUUGGAGCUCAGUUUACAAUAUUUGUGUGUGUUUUUUUUGUCCGCUACUGAGGAUUAGAUUCACAAAGGACGAGUUUUAGACGAUCCUGUUUCUGGUCAUCUAGUUCGGUGUAUCAAUUUUGCUGUGUUCCAAAGCACUGAGGGUUCCGCACAAUGCGCUGGGAGCGUAUGUGCGUGUGAGUGUGCAUGUAUGCUGUAUAUUAAUUAUGUACGAAUAUUUGUUUCUUAACUUUGUUUGAGUUGAGGUCCAUUGAUCGCAGUGGACUUCUCUGAAGAAGUAUGUCCCUUUGUAUUCGCUUGCUCGUUAGGAUGCUUCCCAAAUUUGUGUACGUCCUUGGGAAGUUGUAAAACAUUCGGGGUCGGUCUGAGAGCAACACUACCGGUGCGGAUCACCUCCUCAGCUUGUUUACCCUGAAUGCUCGGCGGACUGUCACGUUCCCCAUUACUCCUGUCACCCCUCUUACCCCACCCUCUAUACACCACAGACAGAGAGAACAUUGAACGAUGCGAUGGUGUCUCCAACUAUCGGAAUGCCGUCGAGUCCCAUCAACCCAGCACGGGGGAUAGCUGACGCCAGGAUUGCACUUCGGGGCAGCCCAUAUAGGUGCGGUGAGGUUGGUAGCUGGCAGAGUUGGCUAAAUAAUUUGAGUUGUCAUUCAUUCGUAUACCAUUAUGACACCAGGCUUGAAAGCGGUCUAUUACGCAUCGAAGUCGUCGACAGCCAGCCAGCUGGUGGUACGGCCCCAGAAAGGAUCGCCCACACGAAUUGCUGGCAGCCCAUUCUUCCUUGUCUGAGGACUUCAGGCUUCUGGUAUCUGGUACACGUUCGAUAUUUCCAGACUGUCUGUCUGCCGUCAUCAGCGUCUUUGCUGCGCCAACAAUAUGGCUCGCAGACGCUGAUAGCAGGAUGUCCAGCUCUAUUUAGGAACUGAUCGCUAAUGUUUUGCGCAAGAGCCUACGCGAUUGUGGACCCUUGAAUCCAAUCCCGCGUAUUGCAGGUUGUCAUCCCCCCAACGCUGACAUAGAUCUUAGCCAUCUCCAGAGACGAGAUUGGAGACGCUAGGCCUUUGUCAGCUGAAGGAUCGCUGGUGGUUUCGCUCGGGUGUUGUGCAGUACGUGGUUAUGAUACCUGUUGAACUUGCUUGGGCCUUGGGUCGGUGAGCGCCUGCGACAGUUUCCUGCUUGCACGCAUCAGUAAAUUUGCGUAUCUCUCAAUUGUGUCACUCUAGUUUAUUAGUGCACCCUUGGACCAGAAUUUAAGUUCUGGAGCUAUCAACGAUGGAUUAUCUGCCAUAUCCUUUAUGGUGAAGUGUCUCUUAACGACUUCAACCAAUCAAACGUUUGACCGGUCAUCAAACGGUCCCGCUCGCCCGGGCGUUUGCUCAUGGCUUUAGAGUAGAUCUGAAGAUAGGUUACUUCACGAAGUGCCAUCUGUCGCAGCCUUGAAAUAGCGAAGGCAGUUCGCUCUCUGAGCCGUGGAAACAUUAGUGGCCAACAAUACAAACCUCCGAUUCGUUACACAUCUCUCGAAUUGUUUUCCGAUUUCAGCGGAUUUGGAACUCCACUCCCGGUGCUGUAUAUUCUGGAUCCGUAUGCCUCAGCUUGGUUGUUUUCCAUUAUUGGCUUAUGGUUGGCCAGCUCACAGUGUUGGCAAGGAGGUUCCGGAAGAGAUAGAUCUGGUGAAGUGCACAUCUGGGGAAGCACUUACCAUAUGAACGGUUGGCAUUGUAAACAAUGGCCAAGCGUAUUAAGCAUUCUUAGAUAAAUACGAGCAAACAGCGAACACAAAAAAAAGGAUAACAAGUAAAACUGUAACCAAAAAUAUACAAGCGCAAGGGAGAUAGAAUCGUUGUAAUAGAGAUUUACUUAUCGAAACCAACCGUUUUUUGUCUGUAGUGGGUGAAAGCAUUGUGUGAAAUGAUGUAAUGAGAUAUGGAUCGUGACAGGAAUAAUAUACUUUACGUUGGACAAUGAUUUGCAAAAUAAUUAUUUAGGGCAGGAAAUAGUUCAGUUUAGGAUAACCGGUUGAAACAUUUGCUCUAGAACUUUAAUAUUACUGUCCCCAUUUAUCCUCAGGAAGAAAAAGGGAAUUUUCCAUUUUACGUAUUUAUUUGUCUGUGGAACGGAUUAAAAAAUGUUCGACUGGUAACAACACGCGCACGGUAUGGGAAUUUAUUCGAUGAAAGUUCUACCUACCUUAGGUUUUAGGCGCUCGAUAUCUUAUGUAAAAGAGAGGUAAUAAAACGUCUAAAAAGGAGUCAACGGUCAACCUUA